CCGAAGGAUGUUUUUUGAAUGCGACAGUUGGAGCUUCCAGGCUUUAUGCAAGAAAACAUAACCCCUUCUUUUCUUUUACACCAAUUACCAACAAUGCUACUCUCUGCGCCAAAGUCGUCAAUGCUACCCGGCUUGACGACGAUAUUAAGAAUAAUCAAGUUCCACAACUUGUUUAUUACGUUCCAAAUCAGAACAACGACGCCCAUGACACUAAUGUGUCAUACGCAUCUGCAUGGUUCAAAAAUUGGUUCGAACCCAAACUCCAGAUGCCGGCGUUUACCAAUAAUACCUUAUUUUUCACCGUGUAUGACGAAUCCGCGAAUGAUAAUGACACGGUUAAUCAUAUUUACGCCUCCCUCCUCGGUAGCCCUGUCAGUGAAAACAGUGAUCACAAUGACACCACUCACUAUACACAUUACUCGUUUUUGAGAACC